UUCUUCCUCCCGGAAACAACCACCAUCUUCGUCCUCUUUUUCCCUUCCUGAUCAGCCACCGAAACAACCAGCACCAUUCUUCUUCUUCCCCCUUAAAGAAAACUUAAUAAUUUUAUUCAACUCACUUAACAUUUCUUCUUUGUCUCUAUGUUUCGUCCUAUGAAUUAGCUUGAAUCAGUAAAAGAAUUUCCGUUUCAUGUAUCAAUAAUUCUUUGAAAACCCAUUUAAUAUUUCACCGAACCAUUAGCUUUGAUUGUACCGAAGAAGAGGAGAAAGAUGAUUCAAACACCAGGAAGAAAAUAAGGAUUUGAGUUGAAAUUAGGGUUCAUCAUCAAUUGGGGAUUUUGGUAAUAACGUGUUUGAAGUCAAAAGAAGGAUUGAUUUGUUAUGUGAAGAUGAUGAAAUCAUCUCUGGAUUGAUUGAGGAUGAACAUGAAAGAUACAAGCUUCGGUCAUGAGCGUCGGUUAAGUAAAAUAUGAAGAUGAACACAGAAAGAUGAACUCAGGGAAGGGUAUUAUUGUAAACUCAUUUAUAACUUUUUUUUUUCUUUUUUUGUAUUUUCCUAACAGAAGUCAAUAUAUAACCAAAUCAACAUAGGUCAACGUCAAAAACAAGUACCAAACACAAAUAAACGCAAUGGUUCGCCACUCCGACAACCCAGAGAUGUAUCAGGAGGAGGUCCGCAGGUAUGAGCAGGCAAAACUGGGUAGGGUUGUAAAUUAUGCAACUGCCAAGAGGCUGGCUAUUCCUGAUGGACCAGCCCCAGCAAUUACCACUUCUCCAGUGGACACUUUUGAAUCAACUUCUAUUCUCAGUUCAACUUCUAUUCUCAGUUCUAUUAAGGGUUAAAAAUUCCCUUUGUUUUUACAUUACCGUGUUUUCCUAAUUCUAGCAAUUCUUAACGGCUAUUUUUUGGUUUCCUUUUCUCGGCAUAUCAGCUUCUAUAUAAGGUAGCUGCGCCAUGUACUACUCCAUACUUGUAUUUGCUGGUAAACGCUCUGUUCUGUUCUGUUCUGAAUUAAGGAGAUGAUGAUGAAUCAAGUGAUGAUGAUAGAGAUGAAGACACAGAGAAAAGGAGGUGAUGGUCGUAAGAGGAUUAAGAUUGAAAAAAUAAAAGACAAAUCAAGAUUACAAGUUACAUUCUCCAAAAGACGAAAGGGUUUGUUCAAGAAGGCGACUGAAUUAUCUGUUUUAACUGGUGCACAAGUUGCACUGAUUGCUUUCUCUCCUGCCGGAAAACCAUAUGUUUGUGGGAAUCCUGAUCUCCUAGUCGAUCGAUUUGUUAAUGGUGAACCGUCUGAAGUUCAUCAGAAAGAUCAUGACGAUCCCGAACAGAGGAGGUAUAUGGAAGUUGAGAAAGAAUUAGAAGCUGAAAAGAAAAGAGGGGUUUUCUUGGAAUCAUUGAUAAAUUGUGAUUUGGGGUCUGGUAAUGAUAAAUCUUGGUGGGAUACAUAUGUUGAUGGAUUGAGUUUGGAUGAAUUAAAACAGAUGAGAAGUGAUAUGGAACAACUCCAGAAGUGCGUCGCACAGAGAUCUAAUGACUUAAAGAUGAACAGUAACACAGCUUCUUCUUCGUCUUCUUCAUACGAAGAAAAGUCACUUGCGUUGAUGAAAUUACCGGCUGGUAAUGAUGACAUUAUUGAUGAUGAUUAUCUGAAUGAAGAGAUGGUGAAUGAGUUAGUCUUUGAUUUUGAUUCUCAAGAGUAUGAUUUUGGGACUACAACUUCAACUGAUCAAGAAAUCACCGCCGAUAUGUUUUCUGAUGACUACUGCUACUAGUACUGAUUAUAUUUUGUUUCUAAGGCUCCAUUCCAUUGUUUUUAAGUUUAUGACCAAUGUGUAGUGAUGGAUUUAUUUUUGAGGAAUUGUAUGUGUUCACUUAUCUUAUUGAAUUCAAUUAAUCCAUUUGAUUA